CCUCUGCCCCCCAAGCGUGGCCUCCCAUGGACACCAAGACACAGAGCCUUCCCAACACCCACGCCCAGCCCCAUAGCAACCCUCGGCCCCAAAGCCAUACCUGCAGCCCGUGCACCUGCAGCUCCCACUGCCAAACCUGCAGCCAAACCUGCAGCCAAACCUGCAACCGGAGCUGCAGCCAGAGCUGCAGCCAGAGCCCCACUGGCCACCAGAGCCAGAGUUCACACCCCAGCCCGCCACCGAGGCACCAGAAACACACCAUGCACUGCCACCACUGCUCCCCGCGGCCCACCACCCAUUCCUGCAGCUACCCCAAGAACAGAAAGAAUUUGGAAGGAAAGGUGAACAAGAGGAAGGUGGUCAAAAGGAGGCAGCAGGUGUAUAAAACAAAGAGGCGGAGCUCAGGGCGGAAAUACAACUGAGACAGCACCCCAUGGCUUGUUCCUGUGUUGGUUUCACCCAAAUGAUAAACUCCAUCUCACGUGGAAUGCUAGAAAGAAGUCCACCUGUGUGCAGGAACAUGGUACUACAGUGAUUUCUAUGCAACCUUGAUUAAAGCUUGUAUACUGGAUGACUA